AAAAAUAUUUUGUGUAUGGUCUGUGAAUUACGUUUUGUGUGGUGACGAGUGAAAUCGGUGAAAUUUUACGUAAAUAAUUUAUUAAUUUGUAAAGAUGUCGUUCUUUGGGGUAGGAAACCCCUUUUCUACACCAGUAGGUCAAAAAAUAGAACAAGCCACAGAUGGAUCACUGCCAUCUGAAAACUGGGGUCUCAAUAUGGAAAUAUGUGAUAUCAUUAAUAGUACAGCAGAUGGUCCUAAAGAUGCAAUUAAGGCUAUAAGGAAACGGUUAACCCAAAGUGCUGGAAAAAACUACACUGUAGUUAUGUACACCUUGACAGUUCUUGAAACAUGUGUGAAGAACUGUGGAAGACCAUUCCAUGUCUCAGUGUGUAAUAAGGAGUUUAUAUCAGAAUUGGUAAAACUUAUUGGCCCGAAAAAUGAUCCACCAACAGUAGUCCAAGAGAAGGUGCUGAGUCUCAUACAAUGUUGGGCGGAUGCUUUUCAAAGUCAGCCAGAGUUACAGGGUGUCGUGCAAAUUUAUAAUGAAUUGCGAACAAAAGGAGUGGAAUUUCCCAUGACUGAUUUGGAUGCAAUGGCACCAAUUUUCACACCGCAAAGGAGUGUGCCCGAUGGUCCGGAGCCAGUAUUGGUGGGUUCACCACAACGCGCCGCUGUGCCUCAGGGCUCACCGACUCGGCACAAUCCUGAACAACCGACUGCUGCUGUGACUCUAUCGGAGAGUCAAAGCAGCAAGUUGCGAGCGGAUCUGGCGGUAGUGGAAGGUAACAUGACAGUGAUGGCGGACAUGUUGGCUGAAUUAUCUACGCAGCCUCCCGCGCAACAUCACGCCUCAGACAUCGACCUACUUAACGAACUAGCGGACACCCUGCGAGCCAUGCAAAGCCGUGUGGCGGAACUAGUGGGACGAUUGGCGGGAGAAUCCGCUCUAACUGCUGAAUUACUGCACGCCAACGAUGCACUCAACAAUUUACUGCUGAGACAUUCACGGUUCAUCAACAACAGGAACGCAGCAACAGGAGUUACACCAUCAGCCAUAUUAGGUGCAGCUAUGGGAGUACCCGGCACUAAUGAAGCACCAAAGAAGAACGACGAUGACGCCUUGAUCGACCUAAGCGAUGAUGUACCCGAUAUCGCUAAACUGAGCGUAUCAGCGGACAAGUCGCCCGGCAGUUCCAAAGAUGAGUUCGAUAUGUUCGCACAAUCGCGCAACGUAACAUAUGAAAACUCUAAAACAGGGUGAGUAUAUUAAAACUGCAUUACAAUUAAAUAACACUAUUGUUUGUUUGUUAAUAGAUGUUAGAUAGAUUAAAACCAGCCUCUAGGUUUUGGAUUGCAGAUAGAGAAAGGAAAUAAAUAAAAAAAAAAUGUGUAUAGUAGGAAUAAACAUUUUUGAACUUUUGAUUAGAAAUAAUGUAAUUUUCUCCCUAUUCGAUUCCAUCCAUGGGAAAAUGCUGGGGCAACAAUAUGAACAUUAAUAGGCAGCUGAUGAUGAUGAUGUUCACCGUUUUGGAAGAUAAUGUCUUUGUAAGUGAUCCGUGGUGGAUGAAUAGAGAGAACGGCCAAUUUAAUAUCAAUAUUAUUAUUGAAAUAUGUUUAAAAAAUUCACUUUAUCGCUGGUACUUUGAGAUAGGAUUCAAACCCACGACCUUUCGCAAUCCGGGCGACUGCUCUAACCACCGAACUACCCAGGAACUAACAGGACUGACGAAUUAUUCGAGCAUUUUACUUUUUUCCGCUACUACAGAGCGUAGUUUCACGAAUGUUCAGGAAAUCUACCUAAAUAGCCAAAAGAAAUAUUCUUAGGUAAUAAUAUUUAUUUAAACUUUCGAUAAAGACGAAAAUUUGAUGAUUGUGAAAGGUCGUGGGUUUGAAUAUACGGCAUCGGUUUGCAAAACUAGUGCGUGAGACCUUGUACCGAGAAGAACGGGCAAGAAGCUCAGCAUCUGCUGCUUUUUUUUCUCCCUGUUUUAUUCCAUACUGAGAAGUCUUAUCGGAAGUUGAAUAGGAAACUUUAGAUUCUACACCGUCUAUGGAAGUUUCCCCAACAGUACAAUAAUAGGCUGAUAAUUAUGAUAAUAGCUAAUGAUGGUAUACGUUGGUUAAUUGAUCAGGGGCAGUAGUUACGCGGAUAAUUCCGAAGAACAGAGUACGCGCGGUCUCUCCGCUGCAGCUAACCAACGGCCCACACAAGGACAACCACCGCCGGUAAGAUGAUGCAUUAUUAGGGGGUUUAAAAUUUAUUUUUAUAUAUUUUAUUUUUUUAAUUAAUGUAAUUCCACAUAAAACAAAACGCAGGUGGUCAUGAUAGAUUAUGGCGUGAUGUCACAAUUUAAUAUACAAGAAUUGAUGAAAUGUAUGAUACGAAUUAUUUAGAAAUUAUAUUAUAAAAAAGCAUUUAAAUUUGUUUCCUCUUUGUAUUGUAUACGAACGGACACAUUUGGGAAAGUUCGUAUCUAUGAACUGUAGAUCUAGUCGCUGCAAUACAGGACUAACUUAGGCCGUUAGAAAUAAGUGUCAUAUUGUUAAUUUAUGGUAAUAAAGAAUAUUAUUAUUGUUAUUAGAAUCAGUUUUAAUAAAUACGGUAUGCAAAUUUGUCAAAGCAAAUAGUAGUAAAUAACUAAAUCUAAUUAAUAGAAAUAAAUCUUAUGAUACCCAAUCCUGAUUAUAAUUAAAGUUCAAUUCGCUAAAAGUAUUAUAACUAACUAGUGGACGCCCGCGACUUCGUCCGCGUGGAAGUCGGUAUCCCGUGGGAGUGAGAAGUUUUCCCAGUAAAAAGUACCCUAUGUGUUAUUCUGAUGUAUAACCUAUAUUGCUGUAAAGUUUUAUCCAAAUCCGUCCAGUAGUUUUUUCGUGAAAGAGUAACAAACAUCCAUACAUCCAUACUUACAAACUUUCGCCUUUAUAAUAUUAAUAGGAUUUAUCAGUUCUCUUUUAUAUAUUUUUUUGUUUAUGUUAUAUGUAUUUUCUACAGAUAUAAAUAUACUAUAAUUUAGACCAACUUAACCUUAUUUUUCUUAUUAUUGUUUUAUGCUAUUAGAUUGAUUACUUUGUUUUCUUAUGAUUUAUUUUUGACAGCCCUCUGGAAUCGAUGAAAGAGAGAUAGAUGAAAUAGCUGCGUGGUUAGCACAAGAAAAGGUGUGUUUUUAGUUCAACUUAUUUAAU